AUGCUCAAGGUCAUUUCAGCAACAAGACCUAUUCUUGAGCUGACUGGCCGGAUUUUUUCCGGCCGCUCAAGAUCCUCGCUUAGCGGCAUGACAUCUAUCCGUGACCCAAAUACUCUUUCUAACUAUGAUUGCUGGAAGACAAAGCACACAAUUGUCAACUUUGCAAUCGACUUCCCUCAGAAAGGUCUCUCAGGAAAGGUGAAGCUAGAGCUCGAAUCUCUCACAGAUCGAGAAUCCAGAGAGAUUAUUCUUGAUACUAGUUUUCUCAACAUUAGCUCGGUUCUGCUUGAAGGCACUGUACAUGACGAUUGGAGUGUUAAGGAUCGGACUGAACCCUACGGCAGUCCUCUCACCAUCAAACUAUCAGAAGGUGUAUGUAAGGGGGCUAUAGUUGCCGUCGAAAUUAUCCUCUCAACCACUGAGCGUUGCACAGCUCUCCAAUGGCUCACACCUGCCCAAACGUCAAACAAGAAAUUUCCUUAUAUGUUUUCUCAGUGCCAAGCCAUCCAUAACCGAUCUAUCUUUCCUUGUCAAGAUACUCCGGACGUCAAGAGUACCUACGAAUUUUAUAUCCGCUCCUCACUCCCCGUCGUAGCGAGCGGCCUCUCGACUGGCGCUAGCGAGUUUCGGCCGGGUAAAAAUGGUGCGGCCGGCAGCCUACUCUAUUCAUUCAAGCAGCUCACUCCUAUCCCGUCGUAUCUUUUUGCCAUAGCCUCAGGUGAUCUUGCUACUGGCUCUAUUGGUCCACGCUCCCUUGUCUCAACCGGCCCAGAGGAGCUCAUUGAUGCAAAGUGGGAACUCGAGAAGGAUACGGAAAAUUUUAUUCAAACUGCCGAAACUCUUAUUUUUGAAUAUCCCUGGACACAGUAUAAUGUCUUGGUGCUGCCACCUAGUUUCCCCUACGGUGGUAUGGAAAAUCCCAUCUUUACAUUUGCCACUCCAACCAUCAUCAGUGGCGACCGCGAAAACGUAGAUGUCAUCGCUCACGAGCUGAGUCAUAGUUGGAGCGGAAAUCUAGUAUCCAAUGCAUCUUGGGAGCACUUUUGGCUAAACGAAGGUUGGACAACUUACCUUGAGCGUAGGCUCCUGGCUGUCUUCCAUGGGGAGCCUUAUCGGGACUUUUCUGCCAUUAUAGGCUGGAAAGCCUUGGAAGAUUCCGUGACCUUGCUCGGGGAAGAACAUGAGUUCACCAAGCUAAUAAUUGAUCUUAAAGGAAAGGAUCCUGAUGAUGCAUUUAGCAGUGUUCCGUACGAGAAAGGGUUUCAUCUGCUCUACUACUUGGAAAAAUUGAUUGGCAAGGAUAUUUUUGACACUUUUAUUCCACACUACUUCUCUACCUGGUCCCAAAAAUCUCUUAACUCUCAUGAGUUUAAGCAAACACUGAUAGAGUUUUUUCAGUCGAACUCCGAUGUAUCUUCGAAACUUGAUUCGAUAGAUUGGGAUAACUGGUUUUACAAGCCUGGACUUCCUCCCAAGCCGCAGUUUGAUACGACCAUGGUUGAUAAAUGUUAUGCCCUUGCUGAGAAAUGGGAAUCUGAGAAUUUCACGCCAUCACCCAGCGAUAUUGAGGGCUGGAGUGCAAAUCAAAUUGUUGUGUUCCUCGAACGCAUACAGCUUUUUUCCAAGCCUUUGACCGUGUCACAAUCACGCUCCAUGGGUCAGGCAUACUCCCUUACUGUCUCUCGUAAUGUCGAAUUGACUUCACGCUACCUGGGUAUCGGCCUCGCUGCGCAUGAUGAAGAGGUCUAUAAGCCCACCACCGAUUUGCUAGGACAGGUAGGUCGCAUGAAGUUCGUGCGGCCACUUUAUCGUAAGCUAAAUCAAGUCGACCGCCAACUAGCGCUAGAGACAUUCGAAAAGAAUAAGGACUUUUACCAUCCAAUUUGUCGUCAACAAGUCGAAAAGGAUUUAAAAGAAUUGGUUGAAGAAAUAGUGUAG